AUGAUAUUAGUUAAAUCACUUGAUGGUCAUGAUAUACGAACAUUGAGUUUGUCUUGGUUAUAUUCACAAAUUGACCUUGGUAGUCAAGAACCAGCUCUCGUAUGCGACCUCACUGUUGCAGAAAACAUUGCCUAUGGACAAUUGUCAAACGAAUUCAUUCAUGAAGAUAUUGUUCGUGCUGCAAAACGAGCACAUUGUCACGAUUUCAUUGAGACUUUACCUCAUGGUUACAAUACAUCCAUUAGUUGUAAUGGUAUUUUUUAUUUAUCUGGUGGUCAAAAGCAACGUAUCGCAAUUGUUCGAGCUCUCUUUCGCAAUCCGAAAAUAUUGUUACUGGACGAAGCAACCAGUGCACUCGACGUUCACAACGAACAGCUUGUUCAAGAAUCCCUCAAUAUGAAGCGUCAAGAUGAUCUUUCACGCACUGUUAUCAUCAUUGCCCAUCGCCUUUCAACCAUUCAAUCGUGUGAUUUGAUUUGUGUAUCCGAUUAUGAUGGAUGUUUGCUUGAAUGUGGCAUUCAUGCAGGGUUCAUAGCACUUCGCAAUGCUUAUCAUAGACUUUUUCUUGAUUAUGUUGAAGGAAGAGAUAAUUCAUAG